UGCUGCUGUCCAGAAAUGUUCAGUCCUCACAGACGGUGUAAGACAUCACACUGACCGCCCCGAUGGCCAUGUCUCCGAUGGGUCUUCUGCUAUUUGGAGAUUCUCUCUGUGUUAUGCUUCUGCUCAGCGUCUUCAGUGGCGAGUGCCAUACAAUCCAUCAUGGUCAACUCUGCAAACCUACUUGCCCUGUGUCGGUGAACAUACCCAAAGGUCAGAGGCACACGUACAGGUACAGCACCACCAUCACAAGCUCCCUGAAAGGACCCUCGUCAGCAGGCAGCCAGCUGGCCUUCGACUGCGUGGUCGACAUCGACGUCCAUCCAGGGUGUCCAGAUAUGGUUUUAAGGAUAAGAAACCCACAAAUUAAGCAAAGCUCAUUGAAAAAGGACAAUUCUGUGCUGCGUCUGAAAAACAUAAGAGAAGCGCUGGAGAAGAACCCCCUGCGAUUCCUGCUUCAGGGGGGAAAGGUCACAGCCCUGUGCCAGCAGGAAGCCGAGCAGGUGUGGACGCUCAACAUUAAGAGAGCCAUACUGAGCAUGCUCCAGACGUCCCACUCCGGACGAGCCAGGGAGACGGUGAGAGAGACUGACAUAUUUGGGACGUGUAUGAGCUCAUAUGAGCAGAAGGGGCCUUUACUGGUGAAGACUCGGCAUCUCCAGCAGUGCCUCAGAGACAGAGUGAAUGAGUUUUGGUGGCAGUCCGUCCCACUGAUGGAAGACACGACAGUGAACGCCAGCCUCAAAUGCACCCAACACUACGGCACAACUGUGAUGGACAGGGUGAACUGCACGGAGUCUGUGGUGAUGAUACCAUUGUCUGGGUCACUUGAUGUAGCACAGACGAGCACUGUCUCCACCCUGACUCUGCUGAGAACUCUGGAGGGGAUACAAGUAGAUUCAGGGUUGCAGGUUGAAGGUUACUUGACUGAUCUGAGAUUUACGGUGGAAGCUCUAAGCCCAGCGCGAGGAGGAGUUCGCUCAGUUCCAGACGUCUCCAACACUGUGAGGAGGCUGUGUGCUCACUCUGCGGAUCAGCAACAGCAAUCAGAGCUCUUCCUGAGUCUGGCCCUCCAAUUGAGAUCUUUGACCCUCCAGCAGCUGAAGGAUGUCUGGCAGGAGGUCUCCUUUAAGUGCCGUGAUGACUGGCAGCCCCUGAUGGAGGCGCUUCCUGCCUGCGGCUCUGAGAGUUGCAUCCACUUUGGUACAAACCUCAUCCUCAACAAUGAGAUCGAUCAGGAUCAUGUCGGCUCUCUCCUCAGCACCAUCGCGUUCGCUCCCUGUCCCACGCCGUCCAUGAUCGGCCAUAUCAGUGCUCUGUUGAAGCUGCCUCUGGUUCGUUUGAAGACUAUUCUGGCGCUAUCCUCGCUGGUUCACCGCCUCUGCCAAAGACAACAGGCUCCAUGCAGCCAGAUGGCAGAAGUCCAGCAGUUUGUGCUGGUUCUGAAGGAGGGCCUAGCACAGGGCUGUGGAGAGCAGGGUGCUAUCCCAGUCACAGAGCUACUGCAUGUCCUGAAAGCAGUGGAGAACAUAGGCCUGGCUGCUACAGCACUCGUCCCUCAACUGAACAGCUGUAUUCUCAACCACUCAGCACCGCUGGAGCUUCGACUCGCUGCUGUUCAAGCCUUCAGACGCAUCCCAUGUGACAGUCAAAGAGGAGUCCUUGCUUGGGCCUACCAGCAGCAUCAAGAGGAUGUGGAGGUCAGAAUCGCUGCGUAUCAACAACUCAUGAAAUGUCCUGACCAGGAGGUGUUCAGGAUUGUAAGGGAUACCUUACACAGUGAGACAUCCACCCAAGUUGGGUCCUUCGUCUGGAGCCACCUUUUCAACCUUCAGAAGACAGAAGACCCUCUGAAGAAAGAUCUAAUGGAGUCUCUGCCACAUGACAUCAUCAGUAAAGACUUCGAGGCUGAACCAUGGAAGUACUCUUCAUUCGUGGACUUUACCACAGAUGCUGGAUCAGCCAUCGCCAACAUUGAAGGAGCCUUGGUUUUCUCACCUAAAUCCUUUCUGCCACGUUCUACCAUGGCCAACGUGACGGUUCACCUCUUGGGCAGAUCAUUUAAUCUCUUGGAGGUUGCGCUCAGGAUGGAAAACGCAGAGCCUUUUCUCUGGAGAAUGUUUGAAGGUCAUCAUGCCUCUCCUGUUGAGAAGCCUGCCGGUCAAACACAAUCUACAUCACAUGGGAUGAAAAGGAAUAAGAGAAGUGAGGAGAGGUGGCCAGACCAGCAAGAAAGAGUGAUUCCGAAUGAUGACUGCAAGUCCAACAUCUUGAGUCCCCUUAAAGCUAAGUCCACAGGGCAGAGGGAAAGGCACAGCGAGUUCCGAUGUUGGUUGAAUGUGAAGAUGUUUGGCAAUGACCUUUCUUUCAUUACCUGCAAUGACCUCCUUGACCAGCUGAGAGAGCUAUCGCUCAGAGUGGCUGGAGUCACUGUGAAGCUGUUACAGGGUCAGGAGGUUAAGGUGAACCACAGAGCGAUUGUGCUGGCAGAAGAACUGGUGCUACCAUCACUUUCAGGGUUGCCCAUCAAACUGAGCAUGAACAUGUCUUCAUUCUACUCUCUCUGGGUGAAGGGCACUGCCAACUUUCAAGACUGGUCUCAGUUCUCUUUGGCCGGUUACAUAAAACCAAAUGCAUUUGUUGGCAUCUCAGCCAGAAUGGGAGUGGACGGAGUAUUCGGUCGAGUGGGGCUAGAGUGGGCGACCCAAGUUCGAACCUCCACCAGCUUAGACGGAGGUGUAUAUGUGCACAAUGGGCAAAGUCUAAAGAUGGUCCUCAACACACCUGAAGAUGUUAUGGAUAUUGUGUCUUUUAGCUCCAGAAUGUAUCGUGUGAGUGGAGAGAGCAAAGAGGAACUCACAGCCUCGAGGAACCUCAAAGAGAAGACCACCUGCACGCCUAAAACAUGGUCGAAGCUGUUUGGAUGGCAGUUGUGCUCUGAUGUCACGUACCCAGUGUCGCUGAUGGGAAGAGGUUUUCCGCCCGCUGGCCCGGUGCUCUUUACUCUGAGGUUUCAGAAAUUGGACCGAGGCCUUCAGAAGUAUCUCCUAGAGGCAGCGUAUGCCUUUACUGCUCAGAAGAGCUCCUGGAUGCCGCUGGAGGCCAAUCUUCUCCUUUUCCUUGGCACACCUCAGUCCACCAUCCCUCGAGAUGUAUCCCUGGACUUCAGCCUCAGUCCUCGGAGGCUGAUGGUGAAAAUGACCCACCCUCUGAAAAGCAUCCUCAUUCAAGGGCAGCUUGAUGAGGUGAAUGGUCAGUGGUCAGGGAGAGCAGAGUUGCUAGUCGAUGAUAGCUACCAUUAUUACCUCAAGGGAUUGAUGGAGACGCUGAGUCUUCCAUCAGAGAUGAGAACGCACUACCAACUGGAGGCCAAAGUGGCAGCGGAUGGUCGUCCAGUCACACUCUCUGUUAAUGUAACACAGGGCCUAAGCAGGAAGAUCGGUGUAUCUGCUAAGCUGAGAAAUGUCUUCAGUAAAGACGCUUCCUUCUCAGUGCAGCUGGAGCGGAGGCAGGACGAUGGCCGGCGGCAGUACUCUGUGGACGCGGGGCUUCUGUUGCCUAGCUUACUAAGCACCAGGAUCCUAGGGCUUGUUGAACACAGUGGGCCUGAGUGGAGCUCCGGUCUGAGGAUCAGAUACGGUGUGCCAGAUCACUCACGCAAUAUGCACGAGUGUCACAUGUCUCAGAACCUGAGGGACGAGGUCGAGCCGGACGAGAGCCACUACAGCAUGAGAGCAGAGCAUGAGCUCCAGUGCUCCCACAUCACCUUCAUAAACCACAAGAUACAGCUCAGGCAUGAAAGGAGUCCAGUUCACGUCCAGUCCUCACUUGACCUGAGCUAUGGCAAGCAAUGGAACCAGGGCAGCAACAAACAGAGAGUCCUCCUGAGUCAGUCUAUCAGGAACCAGUCUGGAGAGAGUCUCACCAGCUAUGCUCUUGAGUUCAGCCUGCGAGUCCCAGAGAAAGGACUGAACUACAGGACUCAGCUCCUACACUCCCACCUGAGAAGAAGGAAAUCCGAGAGCAGCACCCACCUGAAGGUCAAUUAUAAUGACCAGAUUCCCUUGGUGGCUGGCCUUCACUGGAAAGACAUGUCUGCCAAAUCAUUCUUAAGGAAAUGGGAAGGCUCCUUCAACAUGGACACACCUUGGGUUUAUGUCUACAUGGCUCACAAGCUGACUCAGCCUCAGCACGGCACCACGCAGUUCACCUCCGAGAUUACCACCCGCAAGUGGGUUACCAUUCGCAACUUGAUGCUGGAGGGGCUCUACAAGGAGAGGAACAGAGACAGAGAGGGACACUUACACAUUUUCACAGCUACGGACACCUAUCUGAAGGUUGGCGGCUGGGGAAUGCUGGGGAAGCGUAGAGUUAAUGCCUCCUGCUCCAUCAGCACAGCCUGGACACCAGGCUUGAGGUGGGAGAUCUCAUUGGGCAACGGAAAGCAACUGAAGACUCUGGACAUGAGCACCAGCUAUGGAAAGCAGCAUCUUAAAAUCUCUGCAAGCCUCAACACCCUGGAAAAGAAGCUGAAAAAGAACGAGGUGAUGAUGAAUAUGACCUUGUCAGAACUAAACAGUCCUUAUCUAGAACUGGAGAUAGGGGGAAGAGUGGAGGAAAUGAGGAAGGACAGGAAUUUGUAUCAAAAAAGAUGGGUGCUCCACUUCAGGCAGCCGUUUAAGUUCCUUCCUGAAGGUCUACUCUUACAGGAGACUUUCACUAUUGACCUACAUAAGGGAGUCUACAUUCUGGAGUCCAAGUCACUGCUUCAAGACAGCAGAAAAGCCACUCAUGUACUGACCCUGGGCUAUCAACCACAGCACCCAUAUGUGUGUUCCUCUUUGAUUCAUUCUUUUCACUUGGAAAAUAUUCCCCAAGACAAUGAGAUUUGCAUCAGUCUCCAUAGUAAUCAGACUGUGCAGGAGCUGCAGUGGAGGAUGUUGACUGCUAAGACAGAGAAGUUUGGAGUUCUUGGACAGGUCCAACUUCAUGGUCAACAAGGUAUCACAAUCAAAGUCAGCCUCACUCAGUUGCUUCAGUUGAGGUUUCCAGCAACAGUAAGCCUAGAUGUGGACUUGUUGAGAAGCCACAGGAGAAGCCAGGAGUUUGAAUACAUCGCAAAGGGAAAAGUGACCAUUGAUGAUAAAGACUAUAAUGCAUAUUUAACAAUAGAGCGAUCUAAUGGAAAUAUUAGCAGUUCAAUACAUUUGGAGUCCCAUGGAAAGAAGACUGCUAGGCUAGAUGUCUCUUUAGCUAAUGCUGCGCAAGUGGGUGUUCAUUUUCUCAACUUCGACAUAAGCUUUCAGCAGACUGUUUUUCCAGCGGUCACUGCCGAUGGCCACCUUCAUCUCAGUACGAAUUCAUCCUCAGAAAGUUUCUUUGUCCUGUGUGCGCUGGGGAGGAGAGAGGAGAUGUUUCGGGCCCAGCUGAGCGGAGCUGUAGCGCAAGACCCUGAGUUGUUGUUGUGUUUGUCAGGGAACUUAAGUAACUCGCUGACCGGCUACUCCCUCCUGCCCCACACUUCCAGCCUAGCAGGGCUUUUGAAUCAAUCAGGCAGUCUCACUGAAGGCCAGCUGACCGUAACAGUGGAUCAUGCUGUAUAUGGCGUGAAGCUGAGGCUGGACAGCUGUGAAGGUGCCUGGCUUUGUGUGCUGGCUCAGGAGCGGUCACUCUGCAUCAACAUCAGCAGCAGCUUCGUAAAGAACGGCCAAACUGGUCUCCAUGCCCAGCUCUACCACUCCUUCCCCUCGUUACUAUCUGCAGGGCUUCCUUUUAACAACACUGCAGUGGUUCAUGUCAACUGGAGUGAGAAUGGGCUGUUGACUGAGGUGGGACUCCAUGCUGGGUUCAAAGAGCUACAGAUCACUCUGCAGAGAGGAGUGCAUAACUCUACAGAAACCACUGGACACUUACUGGUGAACUUCACAGGGGAGUUAAGCCCGGACCACCUGCUGGGCCUCUGCUACACACAGGCUCUGGACCAGUCGCUGCGGGUGAAAAUAUGGGUCAAUCUCACAGAUUCCACUCGUGUUGAGCCAGAGAAACCAGAGACUUCAUCGCUGGCAUUCGAAAUCCAGGGUCACCGCAUUUCUUCCAGCACCGGACUGAAGGUGGACGUUACCCACAACAUCUCUUCUUUCCAACCGUAUGUGCCAUUGGUGUUUCAUGCCAAGGCGCAGCUGAAAUAUCUGUCUUCUGCAGUCCAGGCAGCAACAGAGUCACUGAUAGACAGUAACAUGGUGUCUUUUGAAGGCCAGUUGGUCCGCACAAAGCUUGGAUUCAAGCAGAUAUUAGACUUCUAUCAGUCCUUACCACAGCUGGCCUUACUUCCCAGCACUGUUUUAAUAAGGACAGUGUAUGCUGGGCACAAUGGCUCACAUCUUCUGACACACCACACAAAGUGGAUGCAUCAAGACUCAGCUGGACCUGCAGGAUCUCAACAACAAGAUGAAAGUGGUUCUCAGGCCAAAGGAUGGAGGUUAGAGGUGAGACUGGAGAAGGAAGCUCACCGCAGACUGGCCAAUGUGCUAGCUAGCUGGACUGGGAGUGGACACCAAGCACAGAACAAGAGCAGGAAUGGACAAUGGCCAGAGAUCAGAGCUACAGGAUCAUGGAGCUGUGUGGGCAGACAGACUGAAGCUGCGCUGGAGCUCCAACAGUCCUUCACAUCAACUCUGUCCCACCUACAACUGCACACACUGUCACACAGCCUGGAUCAUGGACACGGCAACAACAAUCAGGUCCAUCUCUCCUGGGAUCAUGGGACCCCUGCGAAUCUGUCUGUGACUGUGAGUAAGCACAGGAGCUCUGAGUCCAGCAGGGGCCAGGCCUGUGUCUAUUUCUCACCUGGACAGAUGCGGUCAGUGCUCCCUCUGGUGGACGCUCGAGGCUGCGUCUCAGUGGCCCAAGAAGGAAAAUCCUCCUACUCACAAAACGCUGAUCUCAAGUGGAAUGACAAGAAAAUCACACAGAGCCUGAAAUACCAGAGAGGAUCCAGCGGAAUGCACACUGUCCAGGUGGAGGUGGGAGUCCAGAAUGUCUCUCCCAGUCCCUGCCCAUCUCACACCUUCCUGUCUCAGAUGCACACAAACCUCAAAGACUUUCUAGAGCACCAUGUCGUCCUGGGGCUGUGUCCUCCACAACCAGCUCUGUCUUGGUCUGGCUCUCACCGUGUAAACUCAGGAAAGGACCUGCUGUACAGCCGGACCGGUCUUUCAGUGUCUGGUCAGGCACUGCAGCACAGCACCUUCGUUCUGGCCCUCAGGAACGCCAGCAGCAGCCAACGCAGCAACUACUCCCUGCUCACUGAGUGGAAGUUUGGUAACUGGAGCGUUGAGCUUGGGGGCAGUGGACAUUCCUCAGGCAGGAGCACAGGAAUACAGGUUCAGGCCAAUUUGGACCGCUCUGAGCUCUUCUGGCUGCAGGCUGCGCUGGGCAAACGCUGCUUACAGGCUGCUGCUGGACACGAUAGCGACUCGUCUGACGACCUCAGGACCAGCCUCUGCUUGGAAGGACGGCACUGGCUGACCCUCAAGGCCCAAAGGGGAGGAAGUGGCAUUGAGAAUGAGACUCUAGCACUCAUCUCCAUGGGCAUAGCCAAUCACAGCCUUAUCUUCCAGGCCGAAGGGUGUGAGGAGUGCUUACAGGCGACAGAGGCACGGCUCCAGCAGCUGGGCUCACACGUGAAGAGGAAGCUGCUGGACAGAGUUCAAAGACUGCAUAAUCUUCUGCUGGACUUCAGGAGACAGGCGGGAGGCAGUGUGGCCUUACACGAAUUGAGUGACUGGCCGCUGCGACUGACCCAGAGGGUCGAGAAGCUGCUGCUGCAGAGAGCAGCCGUCCCAUGGAGCGUCUGGACCAACGGCUCUCUCCGUCACACACUGACCCACAGCCUGCCGCAAACACUCCACUUCUUACACCAUAUGUCUCAGCUGGUCCAGCAGGAGCUCAGGAAACCGCUGGCCACACUGGCUGGAGCUUACCACGAUGUGACAGGAGAGCGCCUGGACACUGCAUGGCAGCAGGGCCUGGAGCUGUGGCGCAGAGAGUUGGAAGAGCUGCUGCCUGCCAUCCUGCACAACCACCAGCUGAGGGGGCCAUCCCUGACCGCUGUCCAUACCACGAUCGCCGCACUGGACAUGGUCAGCCAGCAGACAGUCCACUGGGCCGAGGCCAGGUUGGCUGCAGCGUUAGUGGGGAUUCGGAGGCAGCUAGCCUACAUGUACAAGUUCUCCAAAAGUAGCGAGGAAGUGAGACUGAGGCUACGUCUGCCACAGACUCCCUGGCCAAAGGGCUCAGUAUCCGGGGUGGUGGAGGUUCUACUGGAGGAAUUCCUGCUGAAGCCCCUCCUAGCACUGAACUCAGCCAGCCUCACUGCGGAACUCUACAGGAUUAAGAGGAGGUUAAUGGAUAGUCCAUUCAACCAUCAAGCUAUUCUGGUAGCAGAUAAAUUUGCAGUAUCGUUUGAUGGACACCUGUUGGAGCUCCCAGCUUCCUGCGAUCUUAUCUUGGCAGCUGAUGUCCAAAGUAACACCUUCACCAUCGCUCUCAAAGCUAGCAGGCCAAAACAGCGCUCUCUAGUGGUGCAGCUGAAAAACACCACUGUUAUAAUCCAUCCCAAUGAACAGGUGGAAGUUGACUGCCGCAAUAUACAUCCACCCUUCACUAACCCCGAUGUGGCCAUAAUGAGGGAGCUGAAUCUACUAACAGUGUCUAAUAGAAGAGGAUUGUCGGUGUCAUGUGACCCCUAUCUGAACGUGUGCAGUGUAACGCUGGAUGGCUGGCUCCAUGGGAUGGCCAGCGGACUUCUUGGCACCAAUGACAACGAGGCCGGGAAUGAAUAUCCUUUGCCGGACGGCUCCCAGGCCCAGAGCUUGGCUGGAUUCACUGACGACUGGCAGGCCAGUUCCAGCUGCAACAGUACCAGAUCUGGGACCUGCCAGAAAUGGACCACAGUGGUUCCAUCCUGCACACUCCUCUUCUCCUCCUUCACUUCUCCCCUCAGCCCCUGUUUCAGAGUGAUAGACCCCGAGCAGUUCCUUGCAGUGUGUGAACAAAGACGCUGUGACUCUGUAGAUGCGUCCGGAACUUCUCCCUGCAGGCUGGCUUUAGCCUACGUUCACUUGUGCCAUAGAAACUACGUUUCUCUGGAGUUGCCCAUACAGUGUGCAACAUAAGGCCGCUGUGAAGCACUGGCCUCAGCUGAACAUGACGUACCCACUGACCAGAGCUAUUUCAGGUGGCAGGAGCCACAUUCACAUUUUGCUACUUUGCAAUUGAUCUGUUUCAUGGAAUUUUGUAUUUGGUUUUUUGUUUGUUGUUGUUGUUUUUUUUUACAUUUUAUUGUAAACUUGUAUCCACAAGUUUACUUGUAGACCACAGUAAUGACUUUUAAAGUACACUGCCUUCUAACCUUCUAAAUCUACUACAUAUUUAAGACAAAUUUCAAGAGCUAAAGUCAGUAACACUUUCUAUGAAUGUCACGAUUGUAAGCGUCUAUAAACACAUUCAUAACGUGUUAUAAUGUAUUCAUAAAGCGUCGUAGCCAUGGCAAUAUUUAUAAAAAUGCAUUACACGUUAUA